AUGUUUGCCGCCGCAGUCAACUUUGCAGCAGUCCUGCUCUCCCUCGUGUCUGGCGCAAUUGCUUCAUCUGCCAAUCUCGUCGAACGUCAGAGCACGGCCUACGUCGUUAAUGGAGACUUCAGCGAGCCUUUGCUGGGAACUUGGGAGGUGAUACCAGAAGGUGCAGUCAACGACGGUAUCGUAACUCGCACCAAGAACCACAGAAACACCGUCGUACCAUUCUCUGUCCCUGGCGACUGCAGCGUAGACAGUGUGCCUUCCUACGAGCUCCCGGGCACCAUCGCCAACGUCAAGCCUGGUUACCGCUAUCGAGUUUCUUGGGACUACCUCUUCUCAGAGCACUGGCAGUACGCCUUCUGGCGAUUCUCGGCACAACCGACGGGAGGGCAUGGUCUCAGAGGUCUCGAUUACACACGCACCGUAAAGAAGAACGAAUGGUACACCUUCACUGGUGGUUUCAAGAUCAAGGCGGAUCGUCCGAAGGUGUUGAACCCGACUAAUGUGACUCUCAUCAUUGGGUAUUGGAAGUGCUCGAGUGUUGGGCCGAAUGGUUUUUCGGGAGAUGUGCCGAUUGACAAUGUUCGGGUCAGGGAAUCAUCACCUGUUUGA